CCCUCCCCUCCCCCUCCUCCCUGUCAGUGCGGUGGCUGCGCUGGGAAACAUGGCGGCGGAGGGGAUGAUUUUAACGAACCACGACCACCAAAUCCGCGUGGGGGUCCUCACAGUGAGUGACAGUUGCUUCAGGAACCUUGCAGAAGAUCGUAGUGGGAUAAACCUCAAAGACCUUGUCCAAGACCCUUCUUUGUUGGGUGGAACUGUAUCUGCAUACAAGAUAGUGCCAGAUGAAAUAGACGAAAUUAAGGAGACACUUAUAGACUGGUGUGAUGAAAAGGAAUUAAACUUGAUUUUAACAACUGGAGGAACAGGAUUUGCACCAAGGGAUGUCACACCAGAGAAAUUCCCAACAUUCCCAUUUUGUGGGCUCCAGAGAGGGGCUACUAAAGAAGUAAUAGAACGAGAGGCCCCAGGGAUGGCCUUGGCAAUGCUGAUGGGAUCUCUUAAUGUUACACCUCUGGGCAUGCUCUCUAGACCUGUAUGUGGAAUCAGAGGGAAGACUCUCAUAAUUAACCUUCCAGGUAGUAAGAAAGGGUCACAGGAAUGUUUUCAGUUUAUACUGCCAGCCCUACCUCAUGCCAUUGACCUUUUGCGGGAUGCCAUUGUAAAAGUAAAAGAGGUGCAUGAUGAACUUGAAGAUCUACCUUCACCACCACCACCUCUUUCUCCUCCUCCAACCAUCAGCCCACACAAGCAGACAGAAGACAAAGGUGUACAGUGUGAGGAAGAGGAGGAAGAGAAAAAAGAUAGUGGAGUUGCUUCAACAGAGGAUAGUUCCUCCUCGCAUAUAACUGCUGCAGCCAUUGCAGCUAAGAUUCCAGAUUCCAUCAUAUCUCGUGGUGUUCAGGUGCUUCCACGAGACACAGCUUCACUUAGCACUACCCCUUCAGAAUCUCCUCGUGCCCAGGCCACCUCUCGCCUCUCCACUGCUUCCUGUCCAACACCAAAACAAAUUAGACGCCCGGAUGAAAGCAAAGGAGUUGCUAGUAGAGUUGGAUCCCUCAAAGCUCGGCUCCCUUCGUGCUCAUCCACCUAUAGUGUUUCUGAGGUCCAGUCCAGGUGCAGCAGUAAGGAGAACAUCCUCAGAGCCAGUCAUAGUGCUGUAGACAUUACAAAAGUAGCAAGAAGACACCGUAUGUCUCCAUUUCCAUUGACAUCUAUGGACAAAGCCUUCAUCACAGUGCUGGAGAUGACCCCAGUGCUUGGAACAGAAAUAAUCAAUUAUCGAGAUGGGAUGGGCAGAGUCCUUGCUCAAGAUGUUUAUGCAAAAGACAACUUACCGCCCUUCCCAGCUUCAGUAAAAGAUGGCUAUGCUGUCAGAGCUGCUGAUGGACCUGGGGACCGUUUCAUCAUUGGGGAAUCCCAAGCUGGUGAGCAACCCACUCAAACUGUAAUGCCUGGUCAGGUAAUGCGAGUUACAACCGGUGCUCCAAUACCCUGUGGUGCUGAUGCUGUGGUGCAAGUCGAAGACACAGAACUGAUCAGGGAAUCAGAUGAUGGCACUGAAGAACUUGAGGUACGCAUUCUGGUGCAGGCUCGACCAGGUCAAGAUAUCAGACCUAUAGGACAUGAUAUUAAAAGAGGUGAAUGUGUGCUGGCCAAAGGAACUCACAUGGGUCCAUCAGAGAUAGGCCUCCUAGCAACUGUUGGAGUAACAGAAGUGGAAGUUAACAAGUUUCCAGUGGUUGCAGUAAUGUCCACAGGGAAUGAACUAUUGAAUCCAGAAGAUGACUUGUUACCAGGAAAGAUCAGAGACAGUAAUCGUUCAACUCUUCUAGCAACAAUUCAAGAACAUGGGUAUCCAACAAUCAAUUUGGGGAUUGUGGGAGAUAACCCAUACGAUUUACUAAAUGCCUUGAAUGAGGGAAUCAGUCGUGCUGAUGUCAUCAUCACUAUCAGGGGGGGCGUGUCCAUGGGGAGAAAAGGUUAUCUUAAACAGGUGCUGGAUAUUGAUCUUCAUGCUCAGAUUCACUUUGGCAGGGUUUUUAUGAAACCAGGGUUGCCAACAACCUUUGCAACUUUGGAUAUUGAUGGUGUAAGAAAAAUAAUAUUUGCACUCCCAGGGAAUCCUGUGUCAGCUGUUGUUACCUGCAAUCUUUUUGUUGUCCCAGCACUGAGGAAGAUGCAGGGAAUCCUGGAUCCCCGUCCUACUAUCAUAAAAGCCAGGUUAUCAUGUGAUGUGAAAUUGGACCCUCGUCCAGAAUAUCACCGGUGCAUACUGACUUGGCAUCACCAAGAACCACUGCCUUGGGCACAAAGUACAGGGAAUCAGAUGAGCAGUCGUCUGAUGAGUAUGCGCAGUGCCAAUGGACUGUUGAUGCUACCUCCAAAGACAGAGCAGUAUGUGGAACUUCAUAAGGGCGAGGUGGUUGAUGUCAUGGUCAUUGGAAGACUAUGAUGUCACCAGCAAAAGAGAAGUUUUGAUGCAUGUCCACAUAUCAUUGACUGUAUCCUGUAAUAUGCAACGGCACAGCUAGUUUUUCUGAUUUGGAUAAAAGUUGAUCAGUAUAGUCAACACCUUGAACUAUAUUUCAAAUGGAUUUAAAUAAAUACCUUUUAAAAAAACUUUAAAAACAAAUCUUAAAGAAAUCUAUUCUGAUUAUAUCAAAGCAACUUUUUCCUUUCUUGCAAUUGCUUUGUGUGUUCAAUGCUAGUUCCAAUAGCGGUAGCUUUUAGUAGACAGCAGUAGGUGCCUGCAGAACUUGUGUUUUUUCUCAUCUUUAAGAUACAACUACUUAUGCUCUUAAAACAAGGCUGUCUGCUUAUUUAUACUAGUGUAGACAACACUUGGAUUUCCCUUAUUAGUAUGCUUCAUAACUGCUUCACAGAGAGCUUCUGCUUGUUCUUUAUCGUAUCUCGUGUUGAUGUGCACAGUGCCAAAAGCCGAGUGGCUGAACUGGGAACCCGAUCAAGCCCCCAAGGUUUUCCUCCUUUGCUGCGCGUUCAGGGAUAUCUGUCAUCCCAGCAGCCACCCAGCUCAGUACUCUUGGGCAGUAACUGGAUACCUUUUGUUUAAACAAACAACAAAAAUUGCUUCCUUAAGUGCUGACAGCCUUUUUAACCAAUACAUUUAAAAAUGUACAGAAUUAAAAUCUAAAAAAAUCAAAGACUGAUCUUGUACAGAUAUUAGUGUUACCAGCAUUCAUGUGGAAUUUAAAGGAGAAAAGAGAUAAAACUAAUGUUGAACAACUCUGUACCAUAACAUUUUCUGUAAUGAUACUGAAACUUAAAUGAAUAAAAAAAUUCCUGGAUCAUUAUUUAAAA